AUGGCUGUGCAGGAUGUAACCCAGCGCAUUGUGAGGGAGGUUCUGAUCAAGGCUGUGGCUGCACAGCUGGGACCCUGCCAGCAGCCAGCGGAACAGCAGGACCGGGCACAAAGCAUGGAUGCGGUGAUGGCACCAAGAACACCUGCAGCACCUCAGGACUCGGAGUCUCCCUUGGCUGGAGAGCCUCAGGCAGAGGCCAGCACAGUCCCUCUCGUCCCAGCGGCAUGUGAGGAUGGAGAAAACAUGGCUUCUCCCAUGUCUGCAGACCACCAAGAAGAGGCCAGCACUGCUGUUUUCUCCUGGGCAGUGCAUGAGGAUGAAGUGGCUGCUUCAUUGCCUCCAAACCCUCCGGCAGACGCUGGCACACCCCACCUUGCCCCAGCAGUGGAUGACGAAGGAGACGCAGCAGCUUCUCCCUUGGCUCGGGACCCUCAGCACCAGGUGAGCCAGGCGUGCGUGGCCGGCACCGGGCAUCCCAAGGCACGGGAGGCAGGCGGCGCCCAGGCUGUGUGCGGUGGGAAGAUGGCUGGUGCUCUCCGUGUCAUCCCACUGACAUCUCCUCCCUCCCCUCCUGUGCUCUUGCUCUCCCCGUUCAGGUGGCCUCCGAGCGCAGAGGCGACGCAGAGCCCUCCUCCAGCUGCAGUGACGUGCCUGAGGAUGACUCAGGUACGUUCCCGAGUCGAGUGCGGCCCCAGCGAGGGCAGGCCUGGCCCCCCGUCUUGGCGAGUGGCCCGGGCCACCCCUCCCUGGGGAAAGCCCUCGGUGGCAGGGGGCAGGCAGGAGCUUGCCCGUCGCCUGCCCAGCCUCUCGCCUACAGCUCUCCUUCCCCUGCAGGCAUCACCGCCCUCCUGCACACCCUGGCUCGAUGGCGACGGCUCUCCCUCAUCAGGAGGGCGCUUGGGGUUCUGCACAGGGCUUUCCACUCUACCUGCGUGGCGGGAGAGCAAGAGCAGCAGUGCCCCGCUGCAAGCGCCAGGUGGAUCCCCGGAGAAGGUGGCUGGCCCUGAGCCUGCACAGCGUCCCGAGGGUGCGGCAUGGGGAGGCACUUGA